AUGUUGCAGGACAGCGACAUGCGGACUACCGCCGAAAUGGCGCACUACCGCCGAGCCGCACCGCUGCACACGGUCGGCGAUGUCAACGCGCUGCAGAGCGGCCGAGCGCAUGCGGAGGCGGAGGUGAGGUGCGCAGUGGGGCAGAUGCUGCACGUGAUUUGCCACGCUCACGGCGAGAGCGACGGGUCCCGAGACUUGGGCGCGGCCUACGCGGGGCGGUCCCGGCUAUGGGCAGUUGCCGGCUCGGGCUCCUCCUCGCCCGACCUCACCGACGGAGACGACGUUGCGUCGGUCGUGGAGGACUUGGUCGCUUCGGUCGUGCAACAGCAAGCACCAUAUCUUGCGCAACAUGUGCGUGGCAAACGUGUGCGUGGCAAACGCCAAUCGUCGUGCAAACGCAAGGCCAAGCGACGGAUAGCUGAGCGAGACGCCGCGGCGAGCGCUAGCACGGCGAGCGCCGCUGGCACAUCCACUGAAACGUGUGGUGGCUGGCCUGAGCUGGAGGGCCGCCCUGUGGUGCCGGGGCAUUCGUCUACCCGGCGGCUGGGCUGCGGCCCAGAGACAGCCACCAUUUCGUCUCCCGUUGGCUCCUGGGAGGAGCUCCACCGCAUCGCGGCCGAGCACUUUGCCGACGACUUGCCGGUCGACGAAGGGAUGCUCUCAUGGUCCAAAGCCUCGCUCGCAGCGUACUUUGAGUCUGGGGUGAACUCUCACGCCACCGCAUCCCGGCCGAGCGAGCCUGGCCAGGGCCGCCUGUACGCUGUGAGCGACGUGCACACCGACAAACCGGAGAAUAUGGCCUGGUGGCGCCGUCUCGAGGAAUGCGGCGCUCAUCGAGCCGACUCGCUCAUCCUGGCUGGUGAUGUCUCGCACCGGCCAGACGUGCUGCUCGAGACGCUACAGAUCGCGGCGCGCGCCUUCCGCACGGUCCACUUUGUGCCGGGCAACCACGACUUGUGGGCGACGUGCGCUCGGCUCGGCGUGUGCACGGCUCCGGCGCUGGCGGCAGGCGCCAUCGUCGUGCCCAUCCUGUCGUGGCACCACCCGUCCUGGGACACGGAGCCCGACAUCUCUGGCUGGAGAGGCAUCCCUCCCGUCGAGCGCUGCCUGAUGGACUACCACAUGACGCGCUGGCCUCCCGGCGUGCGGCAGGAAGACGGCUCCGCCGCGGCGGCGGAGCUGCGCCGCCUCCACCCCUCGGCGCCGGUGGUGACGGCGUCGCACUUUGUGCCUCGCGUGGAGCUGUCUCCCGAGAAGCGGUACCUCUUCCUCCCCACCCUCGCCAAGGCAAUUGGCUCGGAGCCGCUGCGGGCGAGGGUGGAGGCGCUGCGGCCGGACGUGCACGUCUUCGGGCACACGCACUUCGGCUGGCGACCGCCCCUUCGCACGCGCGCGUGGCACCGCAGCACCGCGGCCCGACACUGCGGCCUUGCCGGCUGUAGGGACGCGACCCUCGACGGCGUCCGGUACGUGCAAGCCGCGCUCUCGUACCCGGAGGAGCGGCGUGGCCGGCUUGGCACCAUCGCGACGGGAGACCACUUCCCGCACGGCGGCGGCGACGAGCCGGCGCCCCUGCUCGUGUGGGAUGGCGGCCGCCGCGAGUUUGCGCCUCGCUACCGCGCCGGCUGGAGCGCCUUCUACGACGCAAACCCGCGCCGCCCCGCUCUCACGCAUCUGCUCGCCCCAUACGUAGCCAGCCGCUACCAGGCGGAGCCCGGGGUGGGCGAGGUCGGCUGGGGGCCCGGAGUGACUCAGCCUGCGUGGCAGUUUGGGCCGCCGUCUACGCAUUCGACGGAGCGUGCGGCGAGGGCGGAAAGAGAAGGCUGA